AUGGCACAGUGGUUGAGGUAUGCUCUAGAGUCGCAGACUAAGGAGUUGAUCCUUACAUUAUGGAUUCGAAUUCCACUGCAAGAUGUGGAAACUGGUCCUUUGGAUGAGACCGUAGAAACCGAGGUCCUAUAUCACAUAGAUAACAACACCCAGAACAACAGCAUUGAGACGCAGAUAGAGCACUUUCUGAAGAAGAACGCGUGGCUUAUAGGAGGGGUGACCUUUCUUUUACUGCUCAUUUUGUGUGGUUCUAUUGGCUUAAUUCACCUCUCUCAAGCCCUAAAAUGUUUCAAGAUGAAUAGAACAAAUGAUGGUACUCAUCCAACAAAUCAAAAACCACAGUCAUCAAACAGUUCGAGACAUGAACCUGAUUACUCUAACAUCCCGAGUGGAUCCAUUCGAACCAACUGUAGUGUAAAAAGCACACUAACCAAACAAUUAUCAAAUACAAAGGAAAGCAAUCAAUCCUGUGAAUACAGUAAACCUACAACAAAGAAGCGCUACAGCUUUAUCUGGAGGUCAUCGGUGUCACAGGAAGUGACGUUGUGUCCAGAUGUUUCUGAGGAUGAGGAGGUAUGUGACGAUUUUGGUGUUGGUGCAGACACAACAAGUGGUGUACAAAUCUCAGGACUUCCCAAGGGGAGUGUAAAAAUUUCAGGACUUCCCCAAGAAAAAUCCUUCAAAACCUUCCAGUCCCUGGAUGAGAAGGAAGAGGCAGAUUAUGGAGCAAACACAGCAUAUGGAAAUGUUUGGGAGUAGACUCAUGCACAUUGCUAGAAAUUGUUCAUUUACUUUUGAAAAAGAUAAUACGGUGUAAAACUAAAUUUUUUGCAUCGUUUACAAUUGAAGUAUAGUUUAACUGUACAGAAAUUAU